GCUCAAUUAUAGCUCACAGUUUCUCUGCUUCGAGCAUCGCAUUCCUCAUUCUCAUUCCAUAGAUACAUAGUCUGUACCGCACCGCUUGCGCAAUGGGCUUGUCGCGAUACAUCGAAUGUUUGGUUCUUACUUGCCUCGGAUGGGCUCCUUUCCUUGCUGUGGUGAACUACAAGCCAGAUCCGAUGACAGAUCUUUAUGCCUGCACCAAGCCAUGCCACAACAUUCAUUAUUUAGGACCGAAACAGUGCCCGAAACCACUGCAGCAAAAUUACAACUCAAAAACUCAAGUUUUCCGUCUUGGGACUUCCCAGCCUUUAUAUCUGUUGAGAAUGGUGGCAACUUCUCGGCUCUACAUCCCCAAGGCACUUGGUGGGGGCUCAUGCAAACCUAUCCGCCUAUCCUCGAUUCGAUUUGGUCAGCAUCUGAUACCAAAGAGUUUCCCAACCCGGCCCACGUCAACGAGCUUGUGUGCGAAACAGACAACGUCCGGAAGCAGAUUGAGGAUAAUCGGGACAAGGGCUGUGCCAUUACUGUCUACCUUUUUGUCCUCGUCAUGUGGACUCUGAUGAAACUUGCCCAUGAUUGGGCUUUGCUGGCAGAUGUAGCAGAAGACUUUACACUAGUGAUCGGGGUGCUUUCAUGGGCUUUUCAGUUGCUGGCAUCCGAUGCAGCCUUAUACUGGGCAGCUGCUGUGACCCACGUCUUUGUCUCCAGGGUGCCUGAAGGUAAUGGUGCUUGCUAUUACCAACUGCAGCCUUUCGCAACUUUGACAGCCUUGGGUGCGGCGCUUUUGCUGCUAUACUUUAGUCAUGUGAAGAUGAACAACUUGGUCCUAUCCCUUGUGAACUACUAUUGCAAAAUAUUCAGCGUGCCAUACGGGGCAGUUAAGGGCAUAGCUGCGUCGCAGCCUUUGCUGACCAAAGGAUUGCAUGGAGAUUCCGAUGUUCUACCUGCACCUGCACCACAUCAGCAGCUUGAAUUUCGAAACCGGAAGCGGCUGUGCAUUUUCGCCAGAAGUCUUUAUUGGUUUUGUUUGUUGUCGUAUGGGCGGCGAACUGUUCCGUUCGACUUCUUUGGGAACCUAUUCCUGCGAGUGACAGAACUGGCUGUCAGCCAAGCUUGGUCUUUGGCCCCCGUGGUGUUCCUCAAACUUGCCACUCUGCUGGCAGCUGCUGCGACUCCGGUCAUUGGUGGCGCUUUGGCAGCUUCUGUGCUCGUUACUGUGAUACAGGAGGCUCUUUCAGACUGGCGCAGUCUUCGGGCCAUUGACAAGCUCACAGUAUCUGCUCAACUUCUCCUGUCUACUGCAUUGCUUCUGUUGGCGUUGAGCACCUCUGGUGGGGCCUGGAACAUAACUCAGGCAGUUGUUUUUCAUCGAGGAGCUGAUGGCUUGCAGCAGCAUUGGGAAUGGUACCAUCAUGGCAAAGCAAUCAUGUACUAUGUUUUUUUCUUGCAUUCGGUAUGGUAGCCGAUGAGUAUGAUCGCUGAAAUGGCGGCAUGACAGGCAGCAAUGGUGGGCAUGGUGCCUGUACAGUUCCAAAGCAAAGUGCAACAAUUUGGAAAGUAUCAUUCCACAUGUCCCUCACGUUUGACUUUCAUAUGGACCAGACGCACUGCGUGUGUGGAAAACUGUGUGCCUGAGGAAGAAAAGGUUCUGAUCCAAACCUGGUGUUUGAGUAAGUUUGGGAUGUAGCGAGAGAUGCGACUCGUUUUAACGACUGACUAAGUAUUUUUUCA